UGAGAGACAGAGCAUCACAAAAGGAGGGCAGUAGCGCGCAGCGCGGGACGUGUGUGUUGAUGAUGAUGAUGAUGUGACGCGAAGAAUCAAAGACAUGUCCUAGAUCUGCUCUCCCUGCAAUAUGUCCCGAGUUGGUCUGUGACUGAAGCCUCCUGCCUCAGUACAUUACGUCUAUUUUUGGGUGUAUUUCAUUAUUUGCAUUACUGUACCUGAAUAAGAAACACAGAUAGAGGAAAACCCAAUCCGGACAGUGUCGCCCUGUCACCGUGCGUAUAAUGGAGACUCGUUUUUUUUAUGACCGUGUGGUGAAAUAAUAGCCGACCUAUGUAGCCGUUAAUUCUAUUGACGAUCUAUUAUUUUUUUUAAAUGGAUGAUUGUGUCAGGGUUCUUAGUUCGUUCUGUCAAUAACGCAUCGGUAAUAACUCAUGCCAUGUCCCAUUACCGGAUAGCCCCUCUGGUCUAGAGGUAGCUUUUAUACUGCUUCAUAGGCAUACUUCCUUAAUACUGCUAUAUGAGUGAUGGCAAUGCCAGUAGUAGAAUCUGACAGUAGCAGUGGUGUAGCACAUCUACGGAACAGUAGCAGUAACAGCACCAGCGUUCGCGACAAAACCUCCAGGGCACCGGAGCGCAAUGGUUAUGUGAAAACAAGUUUCAUCCAGCCACUGCCCGACAGUCGAGAUCGAGAUGGUGAUUGCUCAUAUGGGUCGUGCAUGGUGAGGCUCGUAUUCAAGAUAUGGAGUUCCCAAAGACUCCGGCGUGUAGUAUGUGUGGGCUCACUGUCUGUUUUUCUCGCUCUGGUGGUUAAAUUAGCCGACUGGAGGACUGAGCUCAGUAGCAGUGGUAACAAUAACAGCAGGCUGCACUCCAGCUCUCCUGUUCAUUUCGUGUCAGGCUACGCAGGGGAGUUGUUGCUAACUCUCUGGCAUCUGAUCUCGCCUGUAUUUACCCUCGUAUGUGCCUUCUUUUGGGUGGGUUUGUAUUUGAUCCGCUGCGGAGUGCUUAUCCAAACCGCCCUUUUCCUCCUCACUCUUUGCCACCUGGGAGAGACAGCGGCGUGGGCUCUCGUGCACGGCGGGACUUGGACGGAUGAACAACAGCCGUUUUCCUUCAGCACGUCAGCGGCCGCGGUCGUGCUCGCCUGCCUGGCAACCGGCACACUCAUGGUAGCGCGGCUCAAGCACGGCAUCUCGGUCAUAGUGUUCGUAAGCGUCGUUCGGACUAUCUCGCUCAUCUCGCUGCACAAAGUCCGGGCCACUUGGAGACCUUACGUGGCGUACCUGGUGGGAGUGUUGGGCAUCCUACUGGCGAGGUAUGCUGAUAGUCUACUUCCGAACCAAGGGAUACCCAGGGAGGGCUGUACCCCCUCUGUGACUGGGGCGAGGGAAGGGGACGAGACCUCUGUGUUUAAAAGCCGAAGGAGGUCCAGUUCUGUGAUCUCCACAGACAUGGCACACAGUCAGUCCAACAGCAAGUCACACAGGAGGACCUCGCUGCCAUGUAUUCAGAGGGACCAGAUGCCAGAAUGGGACAACAAGAGAAGCUCAAGAGGAUCUCAGUCGUUGGGCACCAGUGUGGUGGUGGAUAUAGCUGUGAUGGGCGAGGCCCACGGUCUGAUCUCAGACCUGCUGGCGGACCCCUCGCUGCCCCCCAACACCUUCACCUCCCUCCGUGCCGUCAGCAGCCUGCUCACCACUCAGCUCAACUUCCAGCCCCUGCACCGUCCGCGCCUCGCUCCCCUGGGCGUCAACCUGGGAGACGCCUACAUCUGCUCCGACUCAGAGGAGGGAUCUGAGAAGAUAGGGGAGAGGACCAAUACCUUGCCUAAGCGUCUGCGGCGUAGCCUGCACCCGGGGCUGUUGAGGAGGACCUCUUCUACAUGGACCACCACCACCUCAGCAACGGGCCUGCCCACCAUCGAACCCGGACCAGUACGCAGGGCCAGCAUCAGCAUCAAACCCUUCCACGAACCGCUCGUCUGCAGCUGUGGGAGACCGUACAUAAAGCUGAGCCAUGGGGAGGGAUCCAUGGACAAAGGGGACAGGAUCCACCGGACAGAGGAUCAGGUGGUGGCAUCGUCAGACUACGACAGUACCCACGAGGCCAACCACAGCGACAGCAGCGACGUAGCGCCGACAGAGGAGGGGGACGCAGAAGGGGGCAAAAACACCCCCCAAAUGCUCAUCAUGCUACCUGCAGAGGAAAAGCCCCAGCUGGCCCCGGAGCCAUUAGUGAUGGAGGACUUGGAGCCCCUAAUGAGCCACCUCAACCAAUGGAACUUCCCCAUCUUCAGCUUGAUGGAGAAGACCCAGGGCAAAUGUGGCCGCAUUCUCAGCCAGGUGAGACCAGCUACUGUACAGCCUAGUCAGGUCUCUCACAGGCUUUUUGAAGACACAGGCCUAUUUGAGACCUUCAAGAUCCCGGUUCACGAAUUCAUGAACUACUUCCAUGCUUUGGAGAAUGGCUACAGAGACAUACCAUAUCACAACAGAAUCCACGCUACAGACGUUCUCCAUGCUGUCUGGUACCUCACUACCCAGGCCGUACCAGGUCUGCCCAGCCUCAUCACUGACCAUUGCUCUGCCAGCGACUCAGACUCUGACAGUGGCAUCACACACAGUCACAUGGGCUACCUGGUGUCGAAGACCUACAGCGUGUCGGAGGAUGGGUAUGGUUGCCUGUCGGGGCUCAUCCCAGCCCUGGAGCUCAUGGCUCUCUACGUAGCAGCAGCCAUGCAUGACUACGACCACCCUGGCAGGACUAACGCCUUCCUGGUGGCCACAAGUGCACCACAGGCAGUGUUGUAUAACGACAGGUCGGUGCUCGAGAACCACCACGCCGCCUCUGCCUGGAAUCUGUUCAUGUCCCGUCCGGAGUAUAACUUCCUCGUCAACCUGGACCACGUGGAGUUCAAACGCUUUCGCUUCCUGGUCAUCGAGGCCAUUCUUGCCACUGACCUCAAGAAACACUUUGACUUCCUGGCAGAGUUCAAUGCCAAGGUAGGUGAUGACGUGACGAGGGGUAUUGAUUGGUCCAAUGAGAAUGACAGACUGCUGGUGUGUCAGAUGUGCAUCAAGCUAGCUGACAUCAAUGGCCCACUGAAACACAAGGACCUGCACCUACAGUGGACCAAGGGCAUCGUCGAUGAGUUCUACGAACAGGGUGACGAGGAGUCCAGCCAAGGCCUUCCCAUCAGCCCCUUCAUGGACCGCUCUGCUCCUCAGCUGGCUAAGCUCCAGGAGUCCUUCAUCACCCACAUCGUAGGACCGCUCUGUAACUCAUACGACUCCGCAGCACUCAUGCCCGGACGUUGGGUGGAGCCUAACCCUGAGGAGGAGGAGCACAGGGAAGAUGAAGAGGAGGAUACGACAGAGGAUGAAGAUGGGUCUACUAGCUCAGAGGCAUCGCAGAAAGGCAAAGCAGCUCCCAAGAAGAGGAGGAAAGUGUUCUGUCAGAUCACCCAGCACCUGAUGGACAACCACGAGAUGUGGAAGAAGGUGAUCGCAGAGGAAACCCCCAAGCAAAACAAUGUAGCUGAGCCAAUCCUAUCCAUCCACGAGGAGGAGGAGGAGCCAGGGAGCAGGGAGGAUGUAGUGGAGGGGGAGGAGCCAGAAGAGGAAGGGGAGGUGCCAGAGGAGGAAAUAGACGAGGAGUGGCCAGCGCCCCCGCAGGACGAGUCUGAACCUGCAGAAGAGGCUGGGCCAGAGUGAGGGCCCCAAAGGCUCGUGGCGAGUGCUAUUCGGGAUCCUUGGGAUAUUGCUACCCUAAACCUUAACCCCUACCCUAAACUUAACCAUAACACUUACCUAACCUUAACCCCUUACCUAAACCAUUUUAAAUGUAAACUUAAAUGGGGUAGGAAUGUCCCAAGGAUCCCAGAUAGCAAGGACCAAAGGUUCUUGGGAAUGAAAUAAAGCAGCCGCUAUCCCGAGGCAGAACAUGAAAUUAGUUUUUCUAUCCUAUUGACAAACAGGCUGACUGAUUUUUUUUGUUUUUGCCAGCACAUUCACUUAGACACAACACUGUAGAAGUUUGGGACAUUGUGCCUAAUGAAAAUGUAACACAGGGUGGGAGAUAUUUACUUGUGUUUUACACAUUUUAUAUAUAAAAACACAGAAUACAAGUCAGGUUCAGAAACAUCGGUCAAUCAUUCUCUUGAGUAACUUUCCAUUAUUACAAUAACCUACAGGAUCAUCUACUGGACGUAACAAACUGGUGUAAUAGUUCACGAAAUACACAGACUCUUUUUGCUACCGUCAAGAGUGGAUUGAGACUUGGUCGUGAAGACCUCAAACCCAUUGUGUAAACAACGGACUGCAGAGACUGCCGCCAAUUUAUAUAUAAGAAAUAUUUUCUAAAAUGCAAUUAUACUUAAACAUCACAUGCACCUGUACUCAUGUGUUUUGUUUAGGGGGGGUAUUUUAAGUAUUUUCUCUGGGUCUGAUAAAUCUCAGUAAUAUGGUUCUAUUUUUACUAUGUGGAUUGAGAAGGGAAAAAUUAGACUGAACAGCUUCAUACAAAUCUACAUUUUCCAUCUUUAUUAAUGUUCUUUAAUUGAUUCCACAUUGCAUCUCACACCUAUAAUCUGUAAGCACACGACCGCAGGCAUGCCCUCUAGGUAUCUUCUGGUUUUACUGACGAACUGAAACGGUCGGUAUAGCCCACCCUUUUAAUAUAGGCCCCUCUAGGAUCUAUAACAUCGGCAGAACCAUCAGCUGGUAACUUUUCUCAUGUCAUGGUACUCCAGGUGAACAGACCAUAUUUUACUUCCGCCUUCAGCCUUUUUGACCAAUGGCUUGGUUCAGAGGAAGUUGGAACACACAACAGGGUCUUUUUUGACCAAUGGCUUGGUUCAGAGGAAGUUGGAACACACUACAGGGUCUUUUUUGACCAAUGGCUUGGUUCAGAGGAAGUUGGAACACACUACAGGGUCUUUUUUGACCAAUGGCUUGGUUCAGAGGAAGUUGGAACACACAACAGGGUCUUUUUUGACCAAUGGCUUGGUUCAGAGGAAGUUGGAACACACAACAGGGUCUUUUUUGACCAAUGGCUUGGUUCAGAGGAAGUUGGAACACACAACAGGGUCUUUUUUGACCAAUGGCUUGGUUCAGAGGAAGUUGGAACACACAACAGGGUCUUUUUUGACCAAUGGCUUGGUUCAGAGGAAGUUGGAACACACAACAGGGUCUUUUUUGACCAAUGGCUUGGUUCAGAGGAAGUUGGAACACACUAAAAGGAGAGGAGGAGAGGAGUCAGAAAAAGACAUGCUAGUACUUUAGGUCUCAUGAGUGUUUCUCUAAUACAGUUAAUUGAAAACAGGCCUAGUGUGUAAGAUAAUGAGGUCCUAUGACUCUAAGGCAUAGUUCCUCAACCUAACUCAAAGACAGGAUUCUUCCUCCACUACCAGAUAAGCUGACGACAUAGAUCACCAGGAGACAAUAUACUGUUUUUACUACUUAUUGACUAUUGAUUCUUGUUUCAGUAACCCCUCCCCUUUCCAAUAGACACAAAAAGUUAAUUUUAGUUUGCCUUUAUUUAACCAGGUAAGUCAUUGAGAACACAUUCUCUUUUUACAAUAAUGACCGGACAGGUACAUGGUAACACAGGAUCGCACGCACGCACGCACGCACGCACGCACACGCACACACACACACACACACACACACACACACACACACACACACACACACACACACACACACACACACACACACACACACACACACAGUAUACAAUCUCUAAGCCAUACAAGGAGGAACCAUUUACUGUGAGGUGAUUUUAAGGGAGCGGGCAGAGUAGCCCAUAAUGGCCCUAGCUUUGACAGCUAGUUCCCAUCCUAAAUGGCUCCCUAUUCCCUAUAUAGUGCACUACUUUAGAUCAGAGCCCUAUAGAACCCUAUUCCCUAUAUAGUGCACUACUUUAGACCAAGGCCCUAUAGAACCCUAUUCCCUAUAUAUAGUGCACUACUUUUGACCGGAGCGAGCCCCUCCCCUACAGAGCCCCUCUAUUAACAUGUGAACACACACCGUAAAUAACAGUAAACACAACAGAUCAAUGUGUACUGCUGCCAAACACUAUACUACUAUAAACACUGUGUAUACUUACGGGGGUGAACUGGGUAAGGUGAAUUAAUAGCCUAUGCUCCUUGUACAUUUUGGAUUUCGUCACCUCUCAUCCCAAAUUUGACAUUGUUCUUUUACAUGAUCUUUCUCAAUCAGGUUUUUAAUAAAUCUUCCAGUUGAAAAUAGAAGAUUAUUGAUGUGAUGACUCGUUUAGUGCGUUGCAUCGAUAACAUUCUCAGUACAGUAUAUGGGAUAAGCUACAUAGUUGUAGUGGUUAGCGACACUUUAUGUAUGCUAUAUAAAGCCUUUAUAGGUUGUAAGUUGUAAAGGACCUUUUUUUAAACAUUUUUUUU